GAGAGAGAGAGGGAGAGAGAGGGAGAGAGGAGGAGGAGGAGGGAGAAGGGAACAACCUACCAUCUUAACACACUAAUAUCUAAAAAGUGCGAGAGGCCCAGAGCAGCAGCAGCAGAAGCAGCAGCAGCAGCUCCAGCUUCUUCCCUCCCUCCCCAUGAAGAAGAGUUCCCUCCUCCUCCUCCUCCUGCUUCUCCUGCUCAGAGUUCCUGCCUCCAGCUGCCAGGGGGGACAGCCAGCCAGCAGCAGGAGGCAGUUGUGCACUCUAGGAAGGAAGCCUUUUCAUAGACUUACUUUAUAGGGGUUCUUUGAGGCGAGGAGCUGGGAUACCGUCUUUUAAAGAGAGUACCCACCAACAUCAACAUCUGCAGCUUUAUGGAGGGCCUGGUAUGGGGACUGAAAUUGAGGGGGGCUGGAGAGCUGAAAGAGAGCCAGUUUCCCCAAACUUGGACUUCUCAGAACCUUUAAUAUGCUAAUAUGCAUUGUGAAUCUCCAAGAGGGGGCUAUGAUAUGCAGCAUUCUUGAAUACUUCUAAUGACAGGGAGCCCACUACCUCAUAAGCUGCAGCGACAAGAGGAGCUUGUUAUUUUAAACAGAGGCUGAAGAAACUAUAGAACUAGCAGACAUACGAGAAAGUGGAGAAAGUAGAGGAUGGAGUUGCAGACUCUACAGGAGGCUCUUAAAGUGGAAAUUCAGGUUCACCAGAAACUGGUUGCUCAAAUGAAGCAGGAUCCACAGAAUGCUGACUUAAAGAAACAGCUUCAUGAACUCCAAGCCAAAAUCACAGCUUUGAGUGAGAAACAGAAAAGAGUAGUCGAACAGCUACGGAAGAACCUGAUAGUAAAGCAAGAACAACCAGACAAGUUCCAAAUACAGCCAUUGCCACAAUCUGAAAAUAAACUAACAACAGCACAGCAGCAACCACUACAGCAACUACAGCAGUACCACCACCACCACGCCCAGCAGUCAGCUGCACCCUCUCCCACCUUGACUGCUUCACAGAAGACUGUAACUACAGCUUCUAUGAUUACCACAAAGACACUACCUCUCGUCUUGAAAGCAGCAACUGCGACCAUGCCUGCCUCUGUUGUGGGCCAGAGACCUACCAUUGCUAUGGUGACCGCCAUCAACAGUCAGAAGGCUGUGCUCGGCACUGAUGUGCAGAACACACCAGUCAACCUCCAGACGUCUAGUAAGGUCACUGGGCCUGGGGCAGAGGCUGUCCAAAUUGUGGCAAAAAACACAGUCACUCUGCAGGUUCAGGCAACACCUCCUCAGCCCAUCAAAGUACCACAGUUUAUCCCCCCUCCUAGACUCACUCCACGUCCAAACUUUCUUCCACAGGUUCGACCCAAGCCUGUGGCUCAGAAUAACAUUCCUAUCGCCCCAGCACCUCCUCCCAUGCUUGCAGCUCCUCAACUUAUCCAGAGGCCUGUCAUGCUGACCAAGUUUACCCCCACAACCCUCCCCACUUCCCAGAAUUCCAUCCACCCUGUCCGUGUCGUCAAUGGGCAGACCGCAACCAUAGCCAAAACGUUCCCCAUGGCCCAGCUCACCAGCAUUGUGAUAGCUACUCCAGGGACCAGACUCGCUGGACCUCAAACUGUACAGCUUAGCAAGCCAAGCCUUGAAAAACAGACAGUUAAAUCUCACACCGAAACAGACGAGAAGCAAACAGAGAGCCGCACCAUCACCCCACCUGCUGCACCCAAACCAAAACGGGAAGAGAACCCUCAGAAACUUGCCUUCAUGGUGUCUCUAGGGCUGGUAACGCAUGACCAUCUAGAAGAAAUCCAAAGCAAGAGGCAAGAGCGAAAAAGAAGAACAACAGCAAAUCCAGUCUACAGUGGAGCAGUCUUUGAGCCAGAGCGUAAGAAGAGCGCAGUCACAUACCUAAACAGCACAAUGCAUCCUGGGACCCGGAAGAGAGGUCGUCCUCCAAAAUACAAUGCAGUGCUGGGGUUUGGAGCCCUUACCCCAACAUCCCCCCCAUCCAGUCAUCCCGACUCCCCUGAAAAUGAAAAGACAGAGGCCACAUUCACUUUCCCUGCACCUGUGCAGCCUGUGUCCCUGCCCAGCCCCACCUCCACAGACGGUGAUAUCCAUGAGGAUUUUUGCAGCGUUUGCAGAAAAAGCGGCCAGUUGUUGAUGUGUGACACGUGUUCCCGUGUGUAUCAUCUGGACUGCUUAGACCCACCUCUCAAAACAAUUCCCAAGGGCAUGUGGAUCUGUCCCAGAUGUCAGGACCAGAUGCUGAAGAAGGAAGAAGCAAUCCCAUGGCCUGGAACUUUAGCAAUCGUCCAUUCCUAUAUUGCCUACAAAGCAGCAAAAGAAGAAGAGAAACAGAAGUUACUUAAAUGGAGUUCAGAUUUAAAACAGGAACGGGAACAAUUAGAGCAGAAGGUGAAACAGCUCAGCAACUCUAUAAGUAAAUGCAUGGAAAUGAAGAACACCAUCCUAGCCCGGCAGAAGGAGAUGCGUAGUUCCCUGGAGAAGGUAAAACAGCUGAUUCGUCUCAUCCACGGCAUCGACCUCUCCAAACCAGUAGACUCUGAGGCCACCCUGGGGGCCAUCUCCAAUGGCCCGGACUGCAUUCCCCCUGCCAGUGCCGCCUCCUCCACGCCGACCCCUUCCCCCUCCUCCCAGAGCUGCACAGCAAACUGUAACCAGGGGGAAGAGACUAAAUAACAGAGCCCUGGAGAGAAGCCACGGGAUCCCGGCGGCGAGGAGAGCAAAACGCUGAAGACUCUAGAAAAUCAAAGCUGGAUUUCUUCUGGAAAAGUACAGAAUUCUUUUGGUUCUUUGGUUCCAGAGAGAGAGAGAAGAUGCUUGUGCCAGGUGGCACCCGAGUUUGCCAAUUGAUCCUUCUUAUUCUGUGUGUACAUGCAAAGAUUGGACCAUGUUACAUGAAAUAGUGCCAGCUGGAGGUUCUUUGCCAGCACCAUGCCAAGUGAAAUAAUAUAUUUACUCUCUCUAUUAUACACCAGUGUGUGCCUGCAGCAGCCUCCACAGCCACGAAGGGUUUGUUUUUGUUUGGUUGGGUGGGGAGCAGGGACGGGCCGAGGGAGGAGAGCAGGUUUCAGAUCCUUAUUUGUUUAGGAAGAGAAGACAAGUCCAAAGAGUGUGUGGGCUUUCCUGUCUCUAAACUUUCACUUCUAUAAAACCAAAAAAGGAAAUCGAGAUUUAACCAACCCCAGUGCCCACUGGAGGGAAGGGGCGGGCCGGGAGGGAGCCAGGGAUGGGAGAGUGUAUCACAUAGCAGUAUUUCAUUUCAUCCGGAGGGGGCCGAGGGCCAGGAGAGGUGGACACCUAGAGCAGCCACUAGCUUCCUUCUCCCAGCUCUGCCCCCCACCUCGGGUGCCACUUCCCUGCGGAGGCCUCAGGCAGCCCCUGGACCCUGCCUGGUGUAUCGCUCAUCUGCGGUGAUUGCUGUUCCUCCCUCUUCGAAGAAAAGGAGGCAAGCCAGGCCCUGCUGGCGCGGCCAAGGCAGGGAAGGAGUGUGCGCAUGUGAUGAUCCAGGAAGGGAAAAAGGCGGAUCAGUGAUUUUACUUGAAAACAUCCAUCCCUUUUCUAUAUUUAUAAGAAGAGAAGAUGCUGAGUGACGCAGCACGACCCAGGUGUGUGUGAAUUGAAUGGAGACAUUUCUUUUCCUCUUUUUUUUUUUUUUUUUUUUUUUACUUUUUGUUUUUGUUCUUGUUUUCUUUAAGCAAAGUUUUAUUUUGUUGUUUAUUUUACUUUUUUGGGUAACAAAAACUAAAAUAAGGAAUAGAAAAGCUGUUUUUCAGGCUGACAGUCCAAUUAAGGGUAGUCGAGGCCUUGCAUGGUAGAAUAGGAGUCAUAGUGUCAGUGCGGUCCAGUGAGUCUUUGUGAGUCCUGUGUCCUCGUCCGGGCACUGUUUUUUUAUGCAAGGGCAAAAAAAAAAAAAAAAAAAAACUUUGUAUCUGGGGAAAAAAAAAACAACAACAACUACUUUUUUUUUAAUUAAAAAGGAAAAUAAAAGAUAUUGAGGUCUUCCUAGUGUUACUUAAAUUAAGAUCAAGGUAAGAAACAUUGUACAAAAAAAAAAAUUACGAAAGUGCUAUUUGUUUCCUAAAAACAGUGAUUUCUAUUAAAAAGGUGUCAGAACUGGAGAAAAUGCUGUGUAGUUAUAAUUUUUUAGCACAGAACCUGCUGAACAUGAUACCGUUUUGCUGUGUUUGUGUCUCUCGACCGGUGGGCCGGUCUUCAGCAGGGGCUGGGGCUCUCCCUGCCUCUCCUUCUCGGAACAGACUGAGCAGUCUGCUUGGCACAGGGAUCUUACCUCCUGCAUUUGAAGGCCAGAUGAAGUGUGCAUGGUGUCAGGGCCUGCCGUGGUCUCCUCAGAUGUUGCUAGAGCAAAGGCUGGUGCCUAUACAAGAUCCUUUUCCUUUGGUGCUGCUCUCGGACUUUCAGCCACCAGCAUUAUGAGUUCCUGGGGCGCCUCUAAGGGGCCGGCCGGUGAGGCUCCAGGCUCGUCCGUCCGUGUGGGCGCUCCGGCUUUGAGGAGGGCAUGGGAACAAAGGAGAGAGCUAUCUUGUGGAUGCAGUGUCGCUGAGAGACUGCACGGCUUUCUGGUCUGCCUUGCCUUUGAAGAGAGAGGUCCAGAGCUCUAGCCACUUUCUCUGCCUGCUGGCUCCAGGCAUCAGAGUGGGAACUCACCCGCUCCGUCGCCCACCCACACGCUUCCUGUGUGACCCUGGGCUAGAAUCCCUGUGCUUGCCUUGGCUGGGCCUGUUGCAGCCUUUCCUUCCUUCUUAGAAAACUAGAGUCUGAUCAUCUCUCAUCGCUCCAGUCGUGCUGUGUAGGAAGUGGAUGGGCGAGAUGCAUGCUCUUGUGGAAGACCAUGGUCCCUUCCACAUCCCUGACCAAAUGGCAGUGGUCAGGGCUCUGCACCCUGGCCGGUAGCCGCAUCUCUCCCGAGCCUCCCCUUCUCUCCCACUGCCCCUCCUCCCCCAGCAUUGUAUCGGCCAGGGUUCCUCAGAAUCAAGAAAGGCCCCUUAGUAUCUGUCUCCUUUACCCAGUUAGGCUCAGAGGGGCAGGGAUAGAUCCUGAUAGGAAGUGCCACAGAGAAGAGAUGCUUAGAGUAUACCAGCCGUUUCACCCAUCUUCCCAGCAUGUCAGCGAGCACCGGCCUUGGAAUGAGGUCCCGGCUGCAGGUUGGCUAGAAGUGAGCAGGAAACUAGAAGUGAGCCCCCUGUUCUUGUUGAGAAACCAAGGCGCUGUGUCUAGUCAGGAAGCUUGGAGAUGCCUGGACUCGUUGGAGGAAUGAUUGGCAGAGGAUCAGAGACCCGCAUCAGGCUGGACGCCGUUUCAGCUCUCCCGUUGGACUUGUCUGGGCCUAUAGGCUGGGGCUUGCCACACAAUACCUGUCUUUGCUAGAAGGAUGUUGGGAAGCCAUCAUUCAUAGAAGCCUUUGCCCCAGAAGAGCUACAAGAAGUUGAUCAGUUCUCCCGCCUGCUGCUUUGCACAGUGUCACGUAUGUUCUUCCUAAAGGUCAGGCAGGAGCUGCUCUGAGUCAGCUGGGGUGGAGUAGAGAAUGCAGUCUGUCCUGGCCUCCAUUCCUGCCUCAAAUUCCACAGCAGAAACUGUCCUGUUGAGAAGAGAUCCUCAUUGCCCACCCAGACUUGCAGGUACCUGGCACACACCCCUCCCCACCCCACCUGAGCUGCCUCCAUUCCUUUCCUUCUCCUGCCCAGGAUUCAGCUGCUCUAAUGGCCACCUAGGUGACCACAGCUGGCUUAGAAGCCCUUCUAAGACAGGAGCCUGGACUUGGAGUUUCCUUAUCAGUCCCAGAUCAGGACUGAUCCCUAGAGGGGAGUGAGGUCACUGGCUGUCAGCCCCCACCUUUUGCAUUCUUGGCCUGCAGGUGUGUUUUCUUUGCUGUAGCCUGCUGGGUCCUGUCUCACCUGGCUGAACAGCAUCCACUUCUCAUUUCUUCCUUCCUAGUUAGGCCCUUCAGGGCAAGCCUGCCGGCCCGGGACAGUCCCUGGCUGGCCUGACCUGUGUGGGGCCUGCCUCUAGCUCUUGCAAUAGGGUUGUCAAGCUGGACCGUCAGUGUCCAGUUUCCCUGCAGGGCUGCCUCUGUCUCCUUGUUUAUUGGCUGAAGCCCAGCGGGCAGCAAGAAGGGUGCACACACACCCAGCGCUGCCCAGGAUGACUACUUCUGGCUUGCCCAUCUCUGCACGAGCUGCUCCUUCUCCACCCCUGGGACCAUUCCAGCCGCACACACAGAAGCAGUCUUUCCCUUCAGGCCUUGCUUGGGUGUGGUCCUUCUUACUUUCUUCAAGGGUUACAUUUAGGAAACUUAUUUCUCCCCUCCCCUCCCCCCUCCAGGAGCAGGAAGCUUCUAGGGGAUUAAGAUGGGGUGGUAGCCAGGGGAUGUGUUCCAGGUCCAGGUUCUUAGAUCAGGUGGCUUCAGAUGGAGGCAGGACAACUUUGGCUCUGGGUAAAAAUGUCUGUGCCUCACCCCACCCCUCAGCCAGGCACCCUUGGCAGGAAACAAGAACCCCAUUCUCACCCUAGUCAGUUCCUAUCCAAAAAGGCUGGGGUGGCCCCUGGAAAGACUUUUGCCUUCCCCCCCCCCCCUGGAAUGAAGGCAAGGAAGCUGGGGCCACCCCUCCUGACAGCCAGGGUGAGACUCUUAGUCGCUCUCUAGAGGGAGGUGCACACUCAUCCCACCUGGCACCCCUUUCCCAAGCUUUUCUCCAGGCCUCUAUCUGCAGCAGCCACCCUGGCCCCUGCACCUCUCUCCAAGAUCCUCGGCUUUCAGCCCAGGAUGAGCUGCAGUCAGGAGGGCAGGACGGGCAGACCGAGGUCAGCAGGCUCCAGCAGAGGAGAGACGCAGCCAGACCCCAGUCCUGUCUCUUGUCCAUGCCCUUUGUGAUUUCAGUCUUGGUAGAACUUGUAUUUGGAGUUUUGUGCUUCAAAGUUUUUGUUUUUGUUUGGUUUUUGUUUUAAGGGGGUGGGGGUGGGGAUACAGAGCAGCUGAUCAAUUUGUAUUUAUUUAUUUUAACAUUUUACUAAAUAAAGCCAAAUAAAGUC